AACAAUGGCGCAUGCAUGUAUUCCCGUCAAUACAUUGAACCUUCUCUGCCCCCCCCAGCGGUCCCCUUCCCUCUGAGCCACCGGCUGACGGUGAAGGAGGUGUUCGACGGAGGGAAGCCCCGGGUGGACCUCCUCAAGGCCCACCUCACCAAGGAGGGGCGCGUGGAGGAGGCCGUCGCCCUGCGCAUCAUCGCCGAGGGGGCCUCCAUCCUGCGCCAGAGAAGACCCCUCAUUGAUGCUGAACGUCCAAUCAAUAUAUGCGGGGACAUCCAUGGGCAGUUCUUCGACCUCAUGAAGCUGUUUGAGGUGGGGGGCUCACCAGCCACCACGCGCUACCUCUUCCUGGGAGACUACGUGGACCGCGGCUACUUCAGCAUCGAGUGUGUGUUAUACCUUUGGUCGCUGAAAAUCCUUUAUCCAAAGACGUUAUUUCUACUGAGAGGCAACCAUGAAUGUAGACAUUUGACAGAAUACUUCACCUUCAAACAAGAAUGUAAGAUUAAGUACUCGGAGCAGGUGUACGACGCCUGCAUGGAUGCGUUCGACUGCCUGCCCCUGGCCGCGCUCAUGAACCAGCAGUUCCUGUGCGUGCACGGAGGCCUCUCACCUGAGAUACACACCCUAGACGACAUCAAGAAGCUGGACAGGUUUAAGGAGCCCCCUGCCUUCGGCCCCAUGUGCGACCUGCUGUGGUCGGACCCGUUGGAGGACUACGGCAACGAGAAGACCCAAGACUUCUUCACACACAACUCAGUCCGCGGCUGCUCCUACUUCUACAGCUACCCGGCGGUCUGUGAGUUUCUGCAGAGCAACAACUUGUUAUCAGUGAUCCGCGCGCAUGAGGCCCAGGAUGCUGGUUACCGGAUGUACCGCAAGAGCCAGACGACUGGCUUCCCUUCACUCAUCACCAUCUUCUCCGCUCCCAACUACCUGGAUGUUUACAACAACAAAGCCGCUGUUCUCAAGUACGAGAACAACGUAAUGAACAUCAGACAGUUCAACUGCUCCCCGCAUCCCUAUUGGCUGCCCAACUUCAUGGACGUCUUCACUUGGUCCCUCCCCUUUGUUGGAGAGAAAGUCACAGAGAUGCUGGUCAACGUGUUGAGUAUCUGCUCCGACGACGAGCUCAUGAACGACGAGGAGGAGAUCUUCGACGCAAACGCCGCCGCAGCCCGCAAGGAGGUGAUCAAGAAUAAGAUCCGAGCCAUCGGGAAGAUGGCCAAGAUGUUCUCUGUGCUCAGGGAGGAGAGUGAGAACGUGCUGACCCUGAAGGGCCUGACGCCCACUGGCAUGCUGCCCAGCGGUGUCCUCGCUGGGGGGGCACAGACCCUGCAGAGCGCCACUAUCGAGGCCAUAGAAGCGAUUGAGCCAGAGCCAGAAGACUCAGAAGGGCGUGGCUUCUCGCUGAAGAUCAACAGCUUUGCGGAGGCCAAGGGUCUGGACCGUAUCAACGAGCGCAUGCCCCCCCGCCGGGAGGGCGGCGGCCGCGUCGUCGUCGUCGCGGGCAGCAAGACCAUCGCGCCGGAGGCCAACGGCACCGACGACGGCAGCGGGCUGGAGUGACGACCGCGCGGUCGCUGCUGCUGCUGCUGCUGCCGCCGCCGCCGCCACAACGCCGCUGCUGCCGCGCGGUUGCCGCGGUGUUUGCGUCGCUGUUGUUUGAGAACCCUCAGAACCCCCUGUGCUGCCUGACGCGCUACGCCGCAGCACUUAUUACAACGCCUCAGAGAACCCAGACAGAAACCAAAACGGGCGGACAGAACACUCACACACUCUCUCUCUCUCUCUCUCAAAAACCUAGAAACCCAUCAAACUUAUUUAGAGAAUAUACACAUACAAAACAACCUUGCAUCUGGCCACUGCGUGGAUACGAGGCCAAGCUUUGACGACCUAGUCCUCUUAUCGGGGCCUGAGGAGCCAAUAGGGGCUAUGGAGGUGGAUUGUGAUUGGCUGGAGGGCUGCGGUUUGUCUGUUGGAUGGCUCACUGAUUCGCUAGAGACGACAGAGUGACCGGAAUUCCACACGAGUUCUCUCAACUGUCAGGCAAACAUAAGAACCCAUGAAUCAUCUCACCAUUUCAUCCACUGUUUACUAAGAUCAUCGACAAAUUUGUGUCAUCUGGAGAAAAGAAAAGAAAAUUGUGUUAUUAUUAUUGCGCAUCUUUUGAUAGUAUUGUUAAAUAUAACUGGAAGAAAAAAAACUUGAGUACCAUUGAGGACUGUGUACCUUUUGCAACGUGAAGUCAGAACUUACCAGAGGACUGAAAUUGAUUGAUUUUUUUUCUGGUAGGAUGGCACUAAUGUAUGAGGGAAGAGGCCAUUGAGCAUGUUUUACAGUCUGUGACCAGUCCACCAAAACAAAACUGCCAAGGUGUCGAACCCGCACCCUCUCUCUCACUAGAGUGGCUAUCAAAUCUGUGCUCUGCUGUUGCUCUCAACGUCCCUCCAUCGUCAUCAGCCUCACCGACAUCAUCAUCAUCAGAGAAAGGGUGAAGUGGGCCUGAUUCGUACCCUCGGUUCACCAGUCCCUGAUAACCUGCUAGAGAAACCCCCUGUGAUUGAGUUCCUCUUCUGCCUCUGAAGAAGUUAAACAUUUCAGCGGGUCUAGUUUUUCCUCUGCUGUUUGGAGAGUUGGCCACAAGGCCCAACCAAUCAACUGCUUUGCCCAGGCCAAAGGAGGAGUUCCUAAGCUUUGAAGUGAUUGGAAGUGUUGUGGACACAACCUCCCCUCUCCUCCUUUACUUUUCUCAAGAAGAAGAAAGAAUCCGAUCAGUGUUCCUUCUUGAAUGAGGGCACAUUUGGACAAGCUACGGAAAAAUUACAACGCCAUACUCUAGAUGCUUGGCUCUGACGCAAACCAGAAAGACAUUCUGGGGUUUCAACUGAAAUUUGUGAAUGUAUAAAAACCUAAACAUAAAAUACGAAAGCUAUGACCCUGGUACCAACCACUACCUGCGUCGCUUCUGCUGCGUAGCGUCCGAAGUAAAAAGAAAAGGGGGAGUUUGGGCAUUUCCUGUCAUGUGAUGCACUGACUUUUUUCAGAGGCUUUUAAUGCACUUCAAAGUUUUGAUGAUAUUUUCAAAGAAUACUCAUUCUAAUUAUUUAUUUAGACUAAUUUAAUAUCAAUAAUCAUGACCUCCAAAUGCAACGAGACUUGAGGAUCUUGGAGGACCUUUAUCACAGGAAAUAAAAUAAAAAGCGUGCACUUCGAUAAUUACCUUAUGGAAAUACAAUUCAACUACGUUUCAAAUGGAAAAUAUAUAUGAUAAUAUAUAUGUUUCAGAACUUGAACUCCAUAAAGUUUAUUUUUACUGCA